UUUGUAACCAAUAGAAUCCCCCGUAAAGAACCCUGUUGUAUCCAGUAAAGAUGGCGUUCGACACGAAGGGAUCUGCGCUUGUAAUUUUAGCGGAGGGUGCAGAAGAAAUGGAGGCCGUUAUCACUGCUGACGUUUUGCGGAGAGGAAAGGUGAAUACAGUUGUUGCUGGUCUCACUGGUCCUGACCCGGUGGUCUGCAGUCGACAGGUCCAGGUCAAGCCGGACAUGGGGCUGGAAGAUGCACUCAAAAAGGUUCCGUAUGAUGCAGUUAUUCUACCUGGUGGACUGACAGGAGCCCAAAACCUAGCCAAAUCUGAUCAAGUUGGGCAGAUUCUUCGUGAGCAGUAUGAAGCUGGAAGAAUUGUAGCAGCCAUAUGUGCAGGUCCAACUGCCCUUUUGGCUCACGGUGUAGGAGGGGGAAAGAGGGUCACUUCAUACCCUUCCUUCAAGGAUAAAAUGACAGGGUACACAUACAGCGAGGACCGUGUGGUAAGGGACGGUAACCUGAUCACCAGCCGGGGCCCGGGCACCGCCUUUGAGUUCGGUAUUGAGCUUGUGAGGGCAAUCCGCGGAGAUGACGGCGCGGCUGAUGGACUUGCUUCACAGAUGCUACUCAAAUGAUGAGAUUUAUCAAGAUACGUAGAUAGGAAGGAGAACGCUUUUGUGGGAGAUGAUAAAGGCUAUAAAACUGAAAACAACAGUGAUAACGAAUCAUCAUUAAUGAUAUAAGUAGAUAUUUACAUUUAGUAAAAACGUUGGUUUGAUAUUACCCUGGGUAUCAAUGCCUCCAGGCUUCGACGUCACGGCAUUUUGGCUGAGCGUCACUGGACGGGAGAAGUCUGGUAGCUAUUGUACCAAGGGUAGUUUAAUAUCUCAUGUCGUCAAUUAGUAUAAUUUUUUCUUGCUCGCACAGAGCUUUGUUCCUUUCAACAUUCAAAUUUUGCGCGAAAAAUUCGUAAAUAAAUACAAUGAUGGAUUAGA